AAAUCAAUCAAUUCUAACGACGACGUUUCGGUAAUCUCAUCGAGCCCUCGACUACAAUACAAGUCCAGCUCUGUGCGGCCAUUGCCAUUUCCGAUUGUCUUAAAUCGACCCACAAAUAUACAUACAAACACAUAUAUAGAUCCAUUAAUACAAUAAUCCCGGGCUCAUACACCAAGCUACAAAAAAAAAAUGGCUUCAUCUUUGACGGCUCGUCAAGCCCUAAACCUAGCUCGGCUCACAGCUUCUAGAUCAGCUUCUCAAAUUCAGCGCCGCGGCUUCUCCGGCGCCGCCGAUCAUCAUGGACCUCCAAAAGUGGAUUUUUGGAAAGCCCCGAUGAGUCCAUCGACUUGGAAGGAAGAGCAUUUUGUUAUUGUCUCAUUGUCGGGAUGGGGUCUUCUUAUCUUUGGUGGGUACAAAGCCUUUUCCGGAGGCAAGAAGAAGGAAGAGAACUCGGCAGAGGCAGCAAAGUAGAGUUGGUGUGUAGUGUUAUCAUUCCUGAAGUUUCGUCCUAAUAAUGUAUUUGUGGUGAAUUAAAUCCCUAUGAAUCUUGGUUUAUCUUUUUGUUGAAGAAUGGUUUGCUCUCAUUAUUCAUUUGAUAAGGUUUUUUAAUACCAUAAUAGCUUUAGAAGACAAAUCCGUGUGUUCAACACUUCAUUCUCGCUAAUUUGUUUUCAAAUUACUUUUGCUGUGUUA